CUAGUAUGUUAAUAGCAUUUUCACUACCAAAAAAAAAAAAAAAAUGGGGACUACCGUUUGUCAUCGUCAUGGUUUCAUAUUAGUUCUGUUUCUUUCCUCUAUCUCUUGUUUAGCUUCGAAAAUGGACGUUAACUAUGAUGCAAGAGGCAUCAAAAUCGAAGUUGGUCGGAAACAUAAUCUCUCUGAUUCCAUUCCUAACCCUCGUAGUGAAUUUGGGAGUUCUCUUCCUAAGUUGGGCAAUCAGAUUCCAGUUUGUCGUCACCAAAACAGGUCUAGGGCCCCUGUAUUGAUGUUUGAUUGCAAAGAGAAAGGAUAUGUUUUCACAAAGAUCAAUUUCGCCGACUAUGGCCAUGCAAGUGGUGAUUGUGGUAACUUUAGACGUGGUAAUUGCGGCGCACCCGAUACCUUGAGGCUCGUCAAAAAGAAUUGUCUUGGAAAAUGGCAGUGUAUACUUCUUUUGGGGAGAGGGGACGAGAUGUUUGGUCCGACACAUUGCAAGAGUCCUCCUUGGUUCGUUGUUGAAGCUACUUGUACAAAAACUUAGGUUUCUACUGCUUAAGUGAUUCUUUAUUUCUCUGUUUCCUCGCUGUGAUCAAAGUUUGUUCUUGAUCAAACUAGGGCUUGGCUUCUGCAAAAUUGCGGAAAAUUUUGUCGUAUAUUAAUUAUGAUUCGUUAGAUCAACUUUAUACAUUUUUGUUUCAUAUUUGUUGAUGGUAGGUUUUUGGGCUUGGGCCUAAAAACCCUAGUGAACUCCAAGAUAUUUGUGACAAUAAAUUUAAUUCUAAUGAAAUUAGAGUCACCAUGAAUAUCAUA